GUACUCCGGAAGUCUGGCUACCCUGUCAUCUCCACUUCGCGAUCUAUUCAAGAAAGAUGUUGCGUAUUGUUGGGGGGCAGAGUAUACCCGCGCAUUUGAUGAAGUGAAGAAGGAAGUAUCUUCGCUGGGCGUACUCCGAUAUUUCGACCCUGAUGCAGAAUCUCUCAAAGGCUUAGGCGCAGUGCUUCUACAAGGAGGUCAACCCGUGUGUUAUGCGUCUAAGGCUCUCACAGAAGCUGAGCAAAGGUACAGUAACAUUGAGCGUGAAGCACUUGGCGUUGUUUGGGGGCACGAACGAUUUCAUUACUUUGUGUAUGGAAAGAAGUGUAUUGUGCACACCGACCACAAGUCCUUGGAAACAAUCUUUAGGAAGAAAUUGAGUAGCUGCCCAUCCAGACUACAACGAUUCGUGUUAAGAGCACUCAAGUAUGACGUGACCGUGACGUAUGUGAAAGGUGAACAAGUACCUAUCGCUGAUGCUCUGUCCAGAGUAUCACCACAAGCUGUACCACUCAAAGGUAAACUUCCACAACUAGAUAUCCACCAGAUUACUAACACCCUUCCAGCUUCUCCUAUAAAACUGCAGCAAAUUCGAAAUGAGACUGCAGACGAUCCAGUUUUGAAUAAACAACGCGAGGUAGUUUACCAAGGAUGGCCAGCCACGAGAGAACAGUGCCCUCAAUUGCUCCACGAUUAUUGGAACUUUAGAGAAGAACUUACAAUUGAGGAUGGCCUCAUCCUAAAGCAAGAGCGCAUGGUUAUGCCGCCAAAUCUUAGAGAAGAAGUCCUUACAACAAUACAUGAAGGGCAUCUAGGACAAGAGAAAUGUCUGCUCCGAGCAAGAACUGCGGUAUUUUGGCCUGGAAUUACGAAGGACGUAAUCAAAGUUGUUGAAAGUUGUGAUGCAUGUCAGAAGCAUCAGCGUAAGCAGCAAAAACAGGAUCUACUUCAACCUGAACCACCUUGUUACCCUUGACAGAUACUCAACGCCGAUCUGUUUGAGUAUAAGGGUAAUUCGUAUCUGUUGUUAUCAGAUGAGUAUAGCAAAUUUCCCAUCGUCCGAAAGCUCACUAGCACUACAUCCCAUGCAAUCAUUAAUCACUUCAAUAGCAUCUUCGCAGAAUAUGGCAUUCCAGACAAGCUCGUGACUGACAAUGGACCGCAAUAUGUAUCCCGCGAAUUUCAACAAUUUGCUGGUGUUUAUGGAUUUGAGCAUACCACAAGUUCACCUAUGUACCCACAAUCCAAUGGUUCCUCAGAACGUAUGGUUCAAACCGUGAAAGGUAUCCUAAAAAAAUGUGAUGAGGAUGGAACCGAUCCUUACUUAGGACUACUUUGCUAUCGUAGUUCGCCAGUCAGUCACCGGUUGAAAUCUCCUUCAGAAUUGCUGAACAGCCGCAAGUUAAGGACAACGUUACCGAUGGCGAAGCGGGCUCGUGUGAAUAAUGACACCAGCAUCACCAAGAAUGAGUUGCACCGGCGACAGGGACAACAAGCAUUAUACUAUAACCGCACAGCUGGACCAAUCCUAAAGCCAUUCAACGAAGGUGAACCCGUUAACAUCUACGACCACCAUAGUAAGACCUGGGAACCCGGAACAAUCAUCAAACUCGCCAAUGAACCUAGAUCUUACAUCGUCAAGAAUAACAGAACAGAAUCCAUCUACCGCCGCACUAGAACGCAGUUAAGACCGAACAGUAUUCAGAAACAACAGGCGAAGCCACAGUCUAUGCAAUUUUUAAGACCAGUCGCACCUUUUCGGCCGAGCUGUAACCGGAAGCAAGAAACCGAACCACCCAUGAUAGUAUCUCGAGAAGAAAGUGCACCACCUGAAGAUCAGUUAUGUAGGUUGCAGCCAUACUGUGUAACUAGGUCAGGACGGAUCUCUAAACCACCAGAAAGACUGAACAUUUCGUAG